CGCUGCAAGGGCCGGUUGCCAGGGCGACGCCUGCGAAGAUGGCUGCUGCGUCCUCAUCGGAUUCCGACAGCUGCAGAGCUGAGAGCAAUGAGGCCAAUUCGAAAUGGCUGGAUGCGCACUACGACCCCCUGGCCAACAUCCACACCUUUUCUGCCUGCCUGGCACUGGCAGAUUUGCAUGGGGACGGGGAGUACAAGCUGGUGGUGGGGGACCUUGGCCCAGGUGGGCAGCAGCCCCGCCUGAAGGUACUCAAAGGACCCACAGUGCUGACCGAAAGCCCGCUACCUGCACUGCCAGCUGCGGCUGCCACCUUUCUCAUGGAUCAACACGAGCCCCGGACACCAGCUCUGGCACUCGCCUCAGGCCCUUGUGUGUAUGUUUAUAAGAAUCUUAGGCCCUACUUCAAGUUCAGCCUGCCCCAGUUGCCUCCCAACCCCCUGGAACAAGAUCUUUGGAACCAGGCCAAGGAGGAUCGGAUCGACCCCUUGACCCUUAAGGAGAUGUUGGAGGGCAUCCGGGAGAAGGCAGAGGUGCCUUUGUCUGUACAGUCGCUCAGGUUUCUGCAACUGGAGCUAAGUGAAAUGGAGGCUUUUGUGAACCAGCACAAGUCCAAGGCCAUCAGACGUCAGACAGUCAUCACCACCAUGAGCACCUUAAAGAAGAGCCUGGCUGAGGAGGACGCCGUGUCCUGCCUGGUGCUGGGCACUGAGAGCAAGGAGCUCCUGGUGCUGGACUCCGAGGCCUUCACCAUCUUGGCCAAGAUGAGCCUCCCCAGCGUUCCCGUCUUCCUGGAGGUUUCUGGCCAGUUCGAUGUAGAGUUCCGGCUCGCCGCUGCCUGCCGCAAUGGGAACAUCUAUGUCCUGAGAAGAGACUCCAAGCGCCCCAAGUAUUGCAUCGAGCUGAGUGCCCAGCCCGUGGGGCUUGUCCGGGUACACAAGGUCCUGGUGGUGGGCAGCACCCAAGACAGCCUGCAUGGCUUCACCCACAAGGGUAAGAGGCUGUGGACAGUGCAGAUGCCAGCAGCCAUCCUGACCAUGAACCUCCUGGAGCAGUGCUCCCGGGGCCUGCAGGCCGUCAUGGCCGGGCUGGCCAAUAGAGAGGUCCGCAUUUACCACGACAAGACCCUGCUCAACGUCAUCCGCACCCCGGAUGCUGUGACCAGCCUUUGCUUUGGCCGCUACGGGCGGGAAGAUAACACCCUCAUCAUGACUACACGAGGCGGUGGCCUGAUUAUCAAGAUCCUGAAGCGCACAGCAGUAUUUGUGGAGGGGGGAGGUGAGGUGGGCCCCCCACCAGCCCAGGCCACAAAACUCAACGUGCCCCGAAAGACCCGGCUUUAUGUGGAUCAGACACUGCGAGAGCGGGAGGCUGGCACCGCCAUGCACCGGACCUUCCAGACCGACCUCUACCUGCUGCGCCUUCGGGCUGCCCGUGCCUACGUGCAGGCCCUCGAGUCCAGCCUGAGCCCCGUGUCUGCGACAGCCCGGGAGCCACUCAAGCUACACGCUGUGGUUCAGGGCCUGGGCCCCACCUUUAAGCUCACACUUCACCUGCAGAACACCUCGACAGCCCGACCCAUCCUCGGGCUGCUCAUCUGCUUCCUGUACAAUGAGGCUCUCUAUGCGCUGCCCAGGGCCUUCUUCAAGGUACUGGACCCUUCCCCCUGA